CACACACACAGCUGCUCAGGCAGGGGUCCUGAGAGUGGGCUUCAGAGCAGGCACAGUCCAGUCUGGCAGGAAGCGUUGUGUAUUCUCAGCGACGUGCCUGGAGUAGCCAAAUCAUGCUGAUUGCGGGGGACAGAAGCCCAGCGCUGCUCGCAAGAUGAAGGAGAGGCAGCCUUCCUCCAAAGAGGCAGCCGUUUCUUCACUUUUCCAAAAACUCUGCCUCCUCAUCUUUCUCCUGACAGCCGUCAGUGGGGUGAACAUUACGAGUCCCUCCUCAAUAAUACGAGGAAUCCUUGGUAGCUCAGCUUUGCUCUCCGUCAGCUACACAAGCACCAGCUCCGACCGUCCCGUCAUCAAGUGGCAGCUGAAGAGGGAUAAGCCGGUCACUGUAGUGCAGUCAAUCGGCACGGACAUCAUCGGGAACCUGCGGCCUGAGUACCGUGGCCGCAUCCUCCUGUACGAGAACGGCUCCCUGCUGCUCAACUAUCUGCAGCUGUCUGACGAGGGGGCUUAUGAAGUGGAGAUCUCCAUCACCGAUGACACCUUCACUGGAGAGAAACACGUCAAUCUCACAGUGGAUGUGCCCGUGUCCAGGCCGUUUGUGCACUUAGUGGCGUCCUCAGUGCUGGAGCUCACCGAGUUCUUCACGCUGAACUGCACUCACGAAAGUGGCACCAAGCCCACCUACAGCUGGUUGAAGGGCGGGAAGCCUCUGAUUAAUGAUUCGCGUCUGCUGCUGUCCCAAAAUCAGAAAGUCCUGACCAUCUUGCGGGUCCUGAUGUCAGACGAUGAUGUCUACAGCUGCAUGGUGGAGAACCCCAUCAGCAGCAUGAAGAGCCUGCCCAUCAGACUCACUGUCUACAGACGGAGUUCUCUCUAUAUCAUCCUUUCUACCGGUGGCAUUUUCUUGCUCAUAACCCUGGUGACUGUGUGUGCCUGCUGGAAGCCCUCCAAAAAAAAGAGGCAACAGCCUGGCAGACAGAGCAGGCAAAACAUAGAAGAGAUCAAUGGCAAUCAUGAAGUUCCAGUUGAUAUUGUGCCAGGAAGGAAUUAUCACACUCGCAGAAAACCAGGUGGUCUGUAUGUCCUGAAGGAAACGGACUUCCAAGAAGGAGAAGAUGAAGCCCCGUGUAGCUACAUCCACUCUUUAAAUCCUCUCGGCCCACCGUGCUAUCCCAGCACUUUCCCCCUUUCUGCCCACUCUCCGGACGCUUAUAUCCACUCAGGAAGAAGAUAUCCCAGCACGCCUGUCCCUUCUCCCCCUACCACACCUCAUUCACCCACCCCAACCCUGACGCCACCCCCAUCCUCUCCACCACAUCUGAGAAGCUUAUCGCGGAAGCCCCACCCACCUGCAGCCAGCCCCACCCCUUCACACACAGAAGAACCACCUCUUGCACAUGAAACCAUUCACAGCCGUAUCUGACUAGCCAGUGCAAAGCAAAGAGAGAGAGAGAUGAAAGAAAGAAUGCACUUGAACCUUACCCAUGAGAACACUGUGAAGAUAAUGAUGCCAUUAGUGGUACUGGCAUCACAAAUAGAGAUUUCACUCACACAGGAGCAGAUUACAGACAAAAUAAUGGAAAUACCCUACGAAUAAUGAUGACCAGGUUUUUCUGCUCACCGUGGUUGGGUGGCUAGUAAAUAAAUAAAUUAAUUAAAUUUAAUUUUUUUAUCUUUUUUUUUGGAAGACCUACACAUUACACCUACAAGACCUUUUAUCACAUCUCAUUCUAAAUC